AUGAGGUUGAUUGGGAUGGUUCAGCUGAUUGGAAUUGCAAGUUGGAUAGGCUUGUUUAGCCGUGUAAUACGUGCUGUUGAAGCAGAAGGCACUUCAUUAGGAUUUGAAAUUGAUCAAGAUAUUGACCUCCAAGGGGAUUGCAAUGAAUCCUUGGGUAAUUACAAGCAUAACUGCAAGUCAGGAUUUCUAUCUAAUGAAGGAGGAAGUGAGACUGAAAUUGAAGUCACUGAGACUGUUAUUGAAGAUGCACCUCAGCCUACUAUUAAUCUAAGGACUAGAGAAGAUGAUUCCAUUGCCGUUAAAGAUCAGAUAUGGUACCCGUAUAGCGAGCAUCUUUCUAUUAAGCCCUUGCCCAAAAAUUACUUGUUGGCCUCAUUCGAUUUUGACACGCAAUCUAAUGAGUUCGUUCCUGGUAAACCUUCGACAGAUUUUGAUGACUACAGCCAUUAUACAGUUUUCCCUAAGGCAUUUAAGCCCAUAUUGGAUCAAACUUCUACUAGACAGCUGCACCUAAGAUUCACCAGAGGAUUUUGGGAUGCUGAAUCGUGGGGGCGGCUACCCCACGAUGGGUUCAAAUCUGGUGGUUCCGGUGUAGAGAUAUGGGCUAUCCUGGAGGCAGAUUCUAAGGAUAGUGCAUUUAGGCAGUGGAAAACUUUGGUCAAUUCAUUGAGCGGCUUGUUCUGUGCCUCAAUGAAUUUUAUCGAUGGAUCUAAGACCACUUUCCCUGUUGAAUCUUUCCAUCCAGUGGAUGAUACUACUUUACCACUCUUUGAUCAAAAUAAGCAAUUAUAUUUGGUGCGUGCUGCAUUGGCAAAUGAACCCAUCUGUACCGAGAAUUUGACACCACUUGUGAAACUAUUCCCAACAAAGGGCAAAUCUGGUAUUACGACUCUUUUGGAUGGCCACAAAGUGUUUGAUUCAUCCUGGCACAGUUUAUCUGUCGAUAUUUCUACAGACUGUGAUGACCAGACUGAACGUUGCAGUCACUCUUUGCAAGCUCUUGUUGAUAUGGUGAUCAAUGUGCCCAACACUUUAGCUAGGAGUGAAAAUCCAAUUCCAAAACCUUUGCCAGGCGAUAAGUUACGUUGUGAUUUGGAUAAACCUCAUGAUGCAUUCCACUGUUUCCAAUUGCCUUAUGAGACUGAAGGUUCCUACGGUCUAUCACAGUUAUUUGGUAAAUAUAUUCAAGGUUCUAGCCUGAUGUCUCAAGAACCAUCACAAGUCUGUGUGGAUAUCGCUGAUAGUUGGAAUACAUUCAUCCAAGUUAAUGGUAGUUUGUUUGCCACUACAGAUAACUGCUUUGAAUUGAAGGACUUCCAACAACAGGACAUAUAUUUUGAAUCCAACAAUACCAACGAAGUAGUUGAUGUGGAACCAGUACCCGUGUAUGUGAGUCGAUCUUUAACUGGCUACGGUCAAGAUCGUGGUGGUUUACGUACCGUUUUUGUGAACCCCCAAGAUGAACCAGUGACUUUGAUAUACUUUGAAUCAUUGCCCUGGUUCAUGAGAAUUUAUCUUUCUACAAUGCAUCUGGAAGACAAUCCACAAAGCCCUGUUAACAUUUCGCUGGACGAUAUUUUGCAAUCCACGUAUUACAUGCCAGCCGCCGAUAGGGUUAGGCCCACCCACUUGGAAUACAAAAUUACCAUUCCUGCAAACACCACUUUAGCGGUCUCUUACCAAUUUGACAAAUCUCUAUUGCAAUAUGCAGAGUACCCGCCAGAUGCCAACCAUGGUUUUGAAAUCGAAUCUGCUGUAAUUACAGUUAUUGAACCUACCACAUACCAAUUGAGAACAGCUACGCUGUUGCUACUGUUGUCUACACCUGAUUUCAGUAUGCCCUACAAUGUCAUCAUAUUAACAUCUACUGUAAUGGGGUUAAUCUUUGGUACGUUGUUCAAUUUACUGGUGAAGAAGAUGUUACCAGUUGAAGAAGCCGACAAGAUUCAAGAGGGUAAUGGCCUGAGGAACAAAAUCCAGCUAUUCAAGAGUAGAAUUAUGGCCAAAUUUAACUUAAAACGCCGGGAGGUUAAAACAGAUUUGAAAGAGUAA